AUGCCUAUGCAGUCGCUUGAGGACAAGAAUUGCGUCAAGACGGGCCUAACCAAGUCCCUUAAAAAGGGCAAUCAGGUCUUGCAGCCAGACAAAUGCACCUGGCGCAGCAUUGAAGGCCUUAAGCGUGGCAAGGAGCUGGUGGCUAAGUCAACCAUCAUCCGCCUUGUCAUGGCGUUGGUGCUAGGCAAAAAGCAUUCAAGGCGGCAUCCUCAAAGGAGGUUGGCCUCUAUCUACGACAACGUGCCUCUUCAGCGCGGCAAUCUCGCGCAGAAGGUCCUCUUCCUCGCGGGCGAGGUGCAACCCGCUAGUAUUUAA